UUUGCAGCUGUAGUCCUUGAGUAACAGACUCAAAUCUGAAUCAGCAGAGUGAAGCAGAAAAAGGCCGUCACGGACCUUCUGUUCAUAGUUCUAAGGUGUCCUUUCGUCUCGUCACAUUGGCAUAAACUGCUCGUUGAGGAUUGAUCUCAUCUGGAGCCUUUUGGAGUCCAUUGGGAGAGGCACGGGGCUCUCUUGGAACCAGCACAAUGAACCGCAGUGGUAGCCAGAAUAUCAUAGACGUAGGUGGAGGGGUGGGUAACUCCUUGGGGAACACCUCAGACGACGAUAUGGUGGAAUUAGAGCGCGAAGGAGCGCCUUCGACCCGGCCAUCGGGUGGGAUAUCGCCUCCAUUAGACGGCUCAGGCUUACCUGAGGAGAAUAUUCCGGGUUUAGGGCAGUACGAGGACUUCCACACCAUUGAUUGGCAACGGGAUAUUGCCAGGGAUCGGAUGCGUCAUCGACUUAUCGUGAAGAAGAAGAAAGAUUCCAUUUUGGAACUGAUCCGAGGUGCCCAUGACGCCUGGUCGGGUUGGUUAUGUGUUUUGGUAGUGGGUUUAUGUGCCGGUAUGAUGGCGGGUGUGAUCGAUAUUGGCGCCACAUGGCUGACAGACUUGAAAUUUGGACUGUGUCCCAGUGCGUUCUACUUGAAUAAGGAGCAGUGUUGUUGGUCUUCCAAUGAGACCGUAAUCGAUAUCUCCGGGAAUUGUUCCUUAUGGCUGACUUGGGCUGAGGUGAUGGGCUUCUCCAAGCACGAGAGUGGGGCGCCCGCGUAUAUGGGUUUGUAUUUUUUCUACACCCUGUGGGCGUUGCUCUUCGCCACGUUAUCCGCCAGUUUGGUUCGCAUGUUUGCACCCUACGCGUGUGGAUCCGGGAUUCCCGAGAUCAAGACUAUUUUGAGUGGAUUCAUUAUUCGCGGUUAUUUAGGCAAGUGGACACUGCUCAUCAAAUCUGUGUCCAUAAUGUUGGCCGUGGCCGCAGGUUUGAGUUUAGGCAAAGAGGGUCCCAUGGUGCACAUGGCGUGUUGCACCGGGAAUAUCUUGGCUUAUCUGUUCCCGAAAUAUGGUAAGAAUGAGGCCAAGAAGCGUGAAAUCUUGUCUGCAGCUUCGGCGGCGGGUGUUUCCGUGGCCUUUGGCGCGCCCAUUGGGGGUGUACUCUUCUCUUUGGAAGAAGUUAGCUACUAUUUUCCUCUGAAGACCUUGUGGCGCUCGUUUUUCUGCGCGCUUAUUGCAGCCUUUGUGCUACAAUCGAUCAAUCCGUUUGGCAAUGAGCAUUCCGUGCUAUUCUACGUGGAAUACAACAACCCGUGGCUCUUUUUUGAGCUCGUCCCUUUCUUGAUACUCGGCAUCAUCGGCGGACUUUUGGGUGCAUUAUUCAUCCGGUGCAAUAUCUAUUGGUGUCGAUUCCGGAAGAGCUCACGAUUGGGCCAAUAUCCGGUGACUGAAGUCAUCCUGGUGACAUUGAUGACUUCUCUCCUAGCCUAUCCCAACAAAUAUACCCGCAUGAACACAUCCGAGUUGAUCUAUCUACUCUUCAGUCAGUGCGGCGUCACCAACCAGGAGGAAAUUUGCGACUACACCAAUCGCAAUUUCACCAACGUCAACCAGGCCGUGAACAUCGCGGAGGCCGGUCCCGGUGUGUACGCGGCCAUGUGGGAAUUGGGCCUGGCUCUAGUCUUUAAAAUGAUCAUCACCAUCUUCACUUUCGGCAUGAAAAUCCCAGCUGGACUUUUCAUCCCAUCUCUUGCUAUGGGGGCCAUUGUGGGACGAAUGGUCGGGAUUGGCAUGGAACAGAUAGUCUACUCGUACCACGGAGAGUCCCUGCCCUGGUUUUUCCGAGGGGAGUGUGCUCAAGAGGAGAGCUGCAUCACGCCCGGCCUUUACGCUAUGGUGGGCGCAGCUGCCGUGCUGGGCGGGGUCACCCGAAUGACGGUCUCCUUAGUUGUGAUCAUGUUUGAACUAACUGGUGGUGUGAGGUAUAUUGUUCCCUUAAUGGCCGCAGCUAUGGCUAGUAAAUGGGUGGGCGAUGCCCUGGGUCGAAUGGGAAUCUACGACGCGCACAUCAGUUUGAAUGGCUAUCCAUUCCUCGACAUCAAGGAUGAAUUUUCGCACACAACCUUGGCGGCCGAUGUCAUGCAACCUCAAAGCAACGAGCCCCUGUCCGUUUUCACCCAAGGAUCCAUGACCCUGGGCGAGGUCGAGGAGAUCCUCAAUAGCACAGAUCACAACGGUUUCCCCAUCAUCAUCUCCACGGAAUCCCAAUACUUGGUGGGAUUUGUGCUCAGAAGGGACCUCGUGUUGGCCAUCAAGGCCCUUCGCAAUCGCAUGGAGGACGUGUCGCCGGAUGCCCUGGUCCUUUUCACCACAUCACCCUCAACCGAUUCGCAUUUGCUCGGGCACAAUUCAUUGGGUGAGGGGGGCUCGAACCCGGUGUGUCCUCUUCAGUUCAGUAAGAUUGUGGACUUGUCUCCGGUCACCAUCGCAGAUAAAACUCCCAUGGAGACUGUGGUAGAUAUGUUCCGCAAAUUGGGACUCCGUCAGACUCUAGUCACUCACAAUGGUCGACUAUUAGGCAUUAUUACCAAAAAAGAUGUGCUACGUCAUAUCAAACGGAUGGACAACGAGGAUCCGGAAUCGAUACUCUUCAACUAAGUUCCACUGCUCCCGAUAACUUGGAUACAUUAGUCAAAACAUGAUGAUUAAUUAUUGAUAUAGGUACUAUUGAUGCUGACGUUAUCUGUUCUUGGCCAUUGCCCCACAUCAUCAUCAUCAUCAUCUACAAUUCUACAUCAUUUACAUUCCAUUGCUUUUGAAUAGAUUAUGAGAUACUA